GUCCCUGGGAAGUCCGAUUCUCGUGCUGUGAAGCAUGGUGUCUCUGGACCUGAAAGGGCUGAAAACCCCAUGACUCGUGAAGUGGAGAUUAAGGACCCUGAAGGAGACAUGAGUAAAAACAAAGUUACUCCUGGACUGUGGACCAUUCAUCGAGAUGGAGAAGUCCUUCUGAGACUAUCAAAACAUGGGCCAGGCCACGAGACCCCAGUAACCAUCCCUGAAUUUUUUCGGGAGUCAGUCAGCCGAUUUGGGACAUAUCCAGCCCUUGCAACAAAGAACAGUGAGCAGUGGGAAGUUCUGAAUUUCAACCAGUACUAUGAGGCUUGUCGGAAGGCUGCAAGAGCCAUGAUCAAGCUGGGCCUGCAGCGUUUCCACGGAGUUGGCAUCCUGGGGUUUAACUCCAUUGAGUGGUUUAUUGCUUCUCUUGGUUCCAUCUUAGCAGGGGGUCUUUGUGUUGGUAUUUAUGCCACCAACUCUGCGGAGGCUUGUCAGUACAUCAUUACUCAUGCCAAAGUGAACGUCCUGCUGGUUGAGAAUGACCUACAGUUAAAGAAAAUUCUUUCGAUUCCGCAGAGCAGAAUGGAGACCCUAAAGGUGAUCAUCCAGUACAAGCUGCCAAUGAAGGAGAGCAAUAAUAACCUGUACUCUUGGAAUGAUUUCAUGGAACUUGGCAACAGCAUCCCCGAUUCCCAGCUGGACGAGAUCAUGGAAAGCCAGAGGGCUAAUCAGUGUGCUAUGAUCAUCUACACUUCUGGGACCUUAGGCAAUCCCAAGGGAGUAAUGCUUAGCCAUGACAACAUCACGUGGACGGCGAGCACAGUGGCAAGGAACAGUGGCCUGUCUUGCGCCUCAGAAAAGCAGGAGGUGGUGGUCAGCUACCUUCCCCUCAGCCACAUUGCAGCUCAAAUGAUGGAUAUCUGGAUACCCAUGAAGAUCGGAGCUUUCACCUACUUUGCUCAAUCAGAUGCUCUCAAAGGUACCCUGAUCAACACUCUGCAGGAAGUAAAGCCUACCACCUUCUUGGGGGUACCCCGAAUUUGGGAGAAGAUGCAGGAGGUGAUCAAAGAAAAUGGUAUCAAAUUCUCAAGCUUGAGGAAGAAGGUGUUUUCAUGGGGAAGAGUUAUUGGCUUAAAGGUCAAUACAAAAAGGAUGUCGGGGAUACAUGACACUCCCAUGAGCUACCGCAUGGCGAAGGCCCUCGUGUUCAGCAAAGUCAGGAGUGACCUUGGCCUUGAUUACUGCCGCUUUUCUAUCAGCGGGGCUGCGCCUCUUGACCAAGAGACGUCUGAGUUCUUCCUAAGCCUGGACUUGCCGAUAAGCGAGAUAUAUGGGAUGACUGAAAGCACAGGACCCCACACCAUACCCAGCCAGAAUAACUAUAAGAUUCACAGCUGUGGCAAAAUCAUGGCUGGGUGUAAGAACAUGCUGUACCAGCAGAGCAAGGAAGGCAUCGGGGAGAUCUGCAUCUGGGGUCGGCACGUCUUCAUGGGCUAUCUGGAAAUGGAAGACGAGACCAUGGAGGUCAUCGAUGAGGAAGGCUGGCUACACACUGGGGACCUGGGCCGCAUGGACAACCAGGGUUUCCUCUACAUCACAGGCCGCAUCAAAGAAAUCCUUAUCACAGCCGGUGGUGAGAACGUGGCCCCUAUUCCCAUUGAGAACUUGGUUAAAGAGAAGAUUCCCAUAAUCAGUAAUGCCCUGUUAGUGGGAGAUAGGGCAAAGUUUCUGAGCAUCCUGCUGACGCUGAAGUGUGAGGUCGACGAGAUGAACGGAGAGCCACUGGACAAGUUAAGCUUGGAGGCCAUCCACUUCUGCCGGAACCUGGGAAGCCAUGUGUCCACUGUCUCUGAGAUUUUGGAGCUGCAGGACCCCCUGGUCUAUAGGGCCAUCCAGCAAGGCAUAGAUGCUGUGAAUCAGGAAGCCAUUUCCAAUGCGCAGAGGAUCCAUAAGUGGGUCAUCCUGGAGAAGGACUUUUCUGUCCAAAAUGGAGAGAUGGGUCCGGCGACAAAGAUUCGGAGACAUUUUGUCACCCAGAAAUACAAAAAGCAAAUUGAAAAAUUCUACCACUGA